GAAGGGGACAGAGGAGAGAACCGUACAGAGGGACCAGCUGAGACAGAGGACCAGACCCAGGGACUCAAGCAGGAGAGAAACAUAUCAAGAAUGAACAGCAACUGUCUGUGUUUGCUGCUCCUCACUGUUUUGGCUAUUGUGCUGCCGGUGCGGGGGAAUGUGGUUAGCCGUAGAGACGUUGACAACGGUGAUACAGCUACUCAGGCCCCUGUCUCAGAUGACUCUGCGGAUAAAGUGACACCGACAGCAGGAGACUGUAAGGAGGUUGAGUAUCCCUGCACUCGGGUGUACUCCGUACAAAAGCCGGUGAAGCAAUGCAUCAGCUACUUGUGUGUCACCAGUGUACGACGUGUGUACAUGGUGAACAAAGAGAUCUGUAAGCGGCUUAUGUGUAAGGAGCAUGAGGUUAUGCAAGAUGAGAAGUGUCGCCAGCUAGCCGGACUUCCGCCACGGCGCCUCCCACCACCCGAGGAAGGGACUGCAGAUGGAAAUGAAGCAAACUAA